CGUUCAUUCUUAUGCCCGUGGUGCCCAAAUUAAUGGAUGUGGUGAACCCCAUCAAUACUUCAAGGCCCUUAAUUUAUCCUCUCCCACUAUCAUACGGUUACAUUAAUGUGGAUAAAUAUUAUAUUCCAAUCAUGAUUCAUGCUGAUUGUGCUAUUUUGAUCGCAAUCACUACGAUCGUCGCAAUGGACACUACUUAUACCGUGUAUGUUCAACACGCUUGUGGACUAUUCGCAGCUUUGGGGUAUAAACCGAUUUCAAUAUUGUAUAAUGCAAAAACCAAGAACCGAUAUACAAACAUGAUUUCACAUGUGAUAUCUGUGAUCAGAGACCGACUACAAAAAUUAAUCAGGUCCAAUGAAAAGAAAUUCGUUGAUACGAAUAAUACGAGAAAAAUGGAUAGAGCUACGUACCAGGCGGUCGUCGAUUGCAUAGAAAUGCAUCAGGGAGCCAUCCGUUUCGCCAAUGCAAUCGAAUCGACUCACACAAUUGUUUUGCUCCUCGUGAUUGGUGUAAGCGUUGUAUCCUUGAGCGUAUCAGGAUAUCAGGUGAUCAUGAAUUUCAACAAGCCCAGCGAAGCUUUCAGAUUCGCAAUCUUCGUAUUAGCCCAAUUUUUUCACUUGUUCUACCUCAGUUGGCCCGGACAAAAAUUGAUUGAUCAUAGCCAGCGAAUACACGAUUUAGUAUACGAAGCGCAGUGGUACGAGACCACUCCUCGUUCACAAAAACUAAUACUUCUAAUGAUGAUGAGAAGCAUCGAGCCCUGCAAAUUAACUGCUGGAAAAUUUUUCGAGAUGUCCUUCACCAGCUUCAGCCUGAUUAUGAGGACGUCGAUGUCAUACUUUACUGUGCUCACCUCCUUCACAUGAAUAAAUAGCUGAGAAUCGUUAUCGAUGUGACUGGGCUCUGUUAAUCUGGAAAAAAAUCUUUCAAUAGUAGCAAAUAUAAUAUGGGGUGGAGAGUGGGGAGUGGGAACAAUAAAAAAAUGACAUUCCGUGAGUAUGCUUAAGAUGUAACGAAUAUAACACAUUUGCAAUAAUUCUAUGAGCCAAACUAAAAUCAACUUUCGGAAAAAAUGAACAUGGCACAUUCACGUGGAUUUUUUUCCUUUUGGAAUGCUCACACGCGAUCAAUGAAAUAUUCAGUGAUGAUGACGCACUGUUGCACUUUACUUCAAAAUAAUAUUAAAAAAAAACUCUUCCAUGAUUCGGAGCUCGCCCAUCGUGGACAACCACGCCUGCGGCUGUGUUUGUGUCUUGCAGCUCCUCGUGGAAAUAGUGAAAUUCCUACCUGAGCUCGCUGGCUCAUUGCUGGCUCACACAGCAGAAGAUUUCUCUCUGCUCUCUGUAUAUUAUUCGGUUCAUUUCGUCAUCAGAAUUAAAUCAAUAUCUUCCGACGUUUUUUUUUAUGUUUGAGUAGCUUUUGCUAAUAUACCAUUUUGAGGAGUUAAUUGUUUUUGGAUACAAUUUUUAUUUAUGUGUUUAUGAAAAAAAUUAUCACAACUCCGAAACUUAGUAUGCACACACGAUUAAUAAAAUUAUUUCUUAAAAGCCAUUUUCAUUAUGCACCCUAUUCUAAUGGGGAAGUAUCACUGCUGCGCGCGUUUGAAGUGCGAGUUCGUUUGAUAAUAUUGAUUCUAUUUCUCCUCAAUAUAAUAUUCCGGGACUUGUGAAUCUUAAUGAGAAUUAUUCUGUUUGUAACGAGACACCAAGAGAAUCGAUAAUGAAGACGAAAGUUGAAAGAACCUUCAUAA